AUGUGCUACUGUAAACUAGCAAUCACUGGAUCAAACACUAAUCGUACGGAAUGUAUCGUGUGGAUGUAUCUGGAAAAUGAGUUAAUAACAGUAGUAACAGGUGGCAGCUGUUUUGAAAGUUUAGUGCAGUUGUUGAGAGCAAUGAUUCCCAUCAAUCGAUCUACAAUUAUCCACACUUCAUUAUUCUGCAGUAUCCCGAAAGUCUACGCUUUAAAUUGA